CCACUUGCCAUAGUUCUCGCGCGUUCGCGGUUCGCAUUACACAUUUACACUUCGAUCCCUUGGAACGUAACACCCUCUUGUUCGUGCUCGUCGCAGUCAGUCUCGUCCUUUUUUUUUUUUGGUCAUUUCGAGGAAAGCUUGCGCUGCCCGUCAAGUAUAUUACAUUUAUUUAAAAAACAAUUGUUAAUAUUAUUAUUAUAUUCGUGCAACAUGAGAGCUGCACCGACGAAGAUGUCGCUGUGCGCACUGUUCUACCUCGCUACCGCACUAGCCGUUGGCGCAGAAAUCUACUUUGAAGAUAAUUUCCCCGAUGAUUCGUUUGAGACCGAAUGGACGUACUCGGAAUAUCCCGGCAAGGAUUUCGGAAAGUUUGUUCACAGCUCGGGUUCUUUCUACAACGAUAUCGAGGCUGACAAGGGUAUACAGACGUCGCAGGACGCUAAGUUCUAUGCAUUGUCCAGGAAAUUCUUGCCGUUCAGUAACGAAGACAAAAACCUUGUCGUUCAGUACACAGUUAAACACGAGCAGACUAUUGAUUGCGGUGGUGGAUACGUUAAGCUGUUCAAUUGUGAUUUGGAUCCAAAGCAGAUGCACGGUGAAACGCCAUACGAAAUCAUGUUCGGACCUGACAUUUGCGGACCUGCUGUAAAGAAAGUGCAUGUUAUCUUCAUCUACAAUGGCAAAAACGUAUUGAUCAAUAAAGAUAUUCGUUGUCUUGAUGAUGUCUACACACAUGUUUAUACACUUAUUGUAAAGCCUAAUAAUACUUAUGAGGUAUUAAUUGACAAUGAAAUUGUAGAAUCUGGUAAAUUAGAAGCGGAUUGGGACUUUUUGCCACCCAAGAAAAUCAAGGAUCCUAAAGUUAAGAAGCCUGAAGAUUGGGAGGAUAAUGCUACUAUUGAUGACCCUAGUGAUGAGAAACCAGAAGAUUGGGAUAAGCCAAAACUUAUUCCUGACCCAAAUGCCACUAAACCAGAAGAUUGGGACGAUGAAAUGGACGGUGAUUGGGAGCCAGCAAUGAUUGAUAAUCCAGAUUUCAAGGGUGAAUGGAAACCAAAACAAAUUGAUAAUCCAAAAUACAAGGGAGUAUGGGUUCAUCCAGAAAUUGCGAAUCCAGAAUACAAAUACGAUGAUAAACUGUAUGCAAGAAAAGAAAUUUGUGGCGUUGGUUUUGACUUGUGGCAAGUAAAAUCUGGUACUAUUUUCAACAAUAUUUUGAUCACAGACGACAUUGAAGUAGCUAAAGAUAAAGCAGAUGACAUCAUCAGAGUGAGAUUUGAAGGAGAGAAGAAUAUGAGGCUUGCACAAGAAGCUGAAGAAGAAAGGUUGAAACCAAAAACGUCUGAUGAUGAGAAUGAAGAAGGAGUUGAAGAAUUUGCAUCCACAACUGAUGAUGAGCACGAUGAGUUGUAAAAAAAGGUCUGUGUGGAUGAUGUCAUUAUUCAAGUUGAUAUACAUUAUAAUAUUUUUUAUUUUAUAUUUUAUAUUUUGUAUGAUUAGUUUAGGACUGUCACUUAUUAUUAUGCUUUGUUAAACAACAGUCUCUAAAAUAAUUUAAAUACUUAAUCCUUUAAUAAAUAUUUUUUUAAAGAUAAUAUACUAUCCAAUACGCAUUUUAGUAACAAGUAAUUAUAUUUAUUUCAGUAGGUAUCUACCUAUUUAUAAAUACCUAUAAAAAAAAUGUAUUAAAAAAUAAAAAUUUAAACAAAAU